AUGCUGAAUCAGAAGCAGACUUCAGCACGGAAGACUGUGGUGACGGUGCACACCGAGGUUGCUUCAUAUUUGAAGUCUUCAGACAGAAGGGGUGAGGCAUAUCCCCAGGAGGACGAAUCGGUAAAAUGGCCGCCAAUGAUGAAAAUAAAGGAAGAGGCUGCCACUCUUCUCGAAAUUAUGGGUACAAUUAUGGAAAUAAUGAGUACCUUAAAGGCGGAAGAAGCCAUAGAAGGCGUAUUUGACUUCGCCAAAGAAAAAAUUAUGGACGCGGCAAGAGACGUAAUAUUGUAUCCAGGCGUUCAUAGGCGGUUUUUAGAGAUGCUUCUAAAGAAGUUCAAAAUAGCAGCUGCUAUCAGAGCAAGUCAGCCGAAUGGGACAGCAAGGCUGUAUUUGGAAGAUGUUAAGAUCAUCCUUAAAGUCACGCAGGCUCUUAAUGUGGAGACCAAAGAGAAAGUACUUGGCUUGAAGAAACAAGUGGCCUGCAUAACAUCCAAAUUGGACGUCGAGCGAGAGGGGCGCGAAGCAGCGGUAGCCGCAAUGAGAAAAAUGGAAGGUGAUAUUAAGGAAAUGGAGUUUGCCUUGAUUUCACAGAAAGAUGAAAAAGAAGAUGCCCUCAAACUUGUCUCCAAAUUGAAGGAGGAAGUCGAAAAUGCUGUGUGUGUAGCCGAGGAUACUAAGGACAAAUUACGAGCGGCUAACCAGGAGGCAGAACGCAAGGGCAAGGCGUUGAAGGCGGUAAUAAGACAACUUAGUGAUGAGUUGUCUUGUGCAAAAAGAGAACGACUUGCAGCUGCAACCGAACGUGACGGGUUGGCUGCAAAUCUAGAAGCUGGUGAAGAAAAAGAAAGAAGGAUAUUUCUGCUGGAGGCUGAAAUAUUGCAACUUAAGGAAGAGUUGCUCAUAUCGCAGGAAAAAUCCAAAAUCGAGGCUGAUGAAUUGGCUGCAAAAUUAGUGGUGUGCGAACGUGUUCUUUCGAUACGUGAAACAGGCGAUUGUGAGCGAUUAUUCUGGAAUCGCACCCGAGGUUUCUAA